AUGAAACGCACCACGACCUCGAGUAAGGUCAGCCCACUUUCCCCUGUCGAAAAACCGUCGCUCCCCUCCGCUGUCCCCGCUCCACCAGACUCAACUCAGCUCUCCAAGAAGGUCCGUUCCCGUCGCGCCACGACCACUGCCGAGGUGAAAGCGCCCUUUCCCGACUCUGACACCGAGCCGAGCGAUGAGUCUACUUCUACCGCCUCGUCGACGGUUGAAAGAAUGCCCCAAGAAAUGCAAUCCUCAGUCAGCAGCGAGUACCGUGUCUCAUCCACGUCAGCUGAACUCCCUUUGACCUCCGCAUGCGACGCUUCAACGCCCACAAACGACGAUAUAGGAAAAAUGAACAAGGUGACCAAAGAUGAGAACGAGCCAACCCCAGAUUUUGGAAAAGAACAAGAGAAGAAAGUUGAGGCUGGUGUGCUUGACGAUUCAGCCCCACCGGAAGCUCCGACAUCAAAUGUGUGCUCUACCCCUGCUGAGGAUGUGGGAACGAAUUUAAUUGUCAACUAUCUCCCACAGAACAUGACUCAGGAGGAAAUUAAGAGCUUAUUCGCAAGUAUCGGAGAAGUUGAGAGCUGUAAACUUAUACGUGACAAAUCUACAUGCCAGAACCUUGGAUAUGGCUUUGUGAAUUAUGUAAAUGCCAAAGACGCCGAAAAGGCAAUUAAUACACUCAACGGCCUUCGACUUCAGAAUAAAACGAUCAAAGUUUCCCUGGCCCGCCCUAGCUCUGAAUCAAUAAAAGGCGCCAAUUUGUACAUAUCUGGACUCCCGAAAUCCUAUACACAACAGGAAAUGGAGAACUUAUUUGCGUGCUGUGGAAAGAUCAUCACCUCACGAAUACUCUACGAUAGCAAUACUGGUCUUUCGCGAGGCGUUGGUUUCAUCCGUUUUGAUCAGCGGAGCGAGGCGGAACACGCCAUUCGACGCCUUAACGGAGCGAUUCCCCCCGGUUUUACUGAACCUAUCACCGUGAAGUUGGCCAAUUCACCAUCUGGUGGUGGCGGUGGUGGGGGAGUCUCAGUCAACAAUGCAAGUCUUAUUCCCAUAUUGCCUCAACAAGUGCAUCCACAUCACCAUCAAGAGCUUCUGCUCGCAGCUGCUGCUGCAGCCGCGGCGGCAGCUGUGGCUGCUGGCUCAGAUAUAAACCUCCCAGCACCACAUGGAAUUCCUUCUUUGACUGCAGUCAAGGCUCUUCCGCACUCGGCCCAACCACUUGACAUGGCUUUCAUGCAUCAGAUGGCACCCCUUCCUCCGAACCUCGCUCUAACCGCCCACCCCGUUCUGCAACACCCCCACAACCCUCUCCAUUUCGCCCCGCUCCACGGGUGCCCAGAGUUGAUCUCGAGAUCUGUUCCUGUGUCGUGUAAUCGACAAAUCCUCACCUCAAUGACCGCUAUCCACGUGCCUGCGCCUGAGGCUGUACUAUCCGCUGGGCAUCUCAUUGGUCCACCAUUACCUCCUGCUCCCUUACCCGGUUCCCAGGGCCCGCAUCUUGCACCGGCAUCUGCUGUUGCUGCUUCUGGAGUGUUCGCUCCCAUCGACACUAGGUUUAGGUACGUAACGCAUGGUUCUUCUCUUCUUAAAAGGUGCACUACUCUAGUUUAA